AUCGAAAUAAAGAUAUAUAAACUGUCUGCGUUUAGAGAUCUAGACCGAGUAAAGUCUAGGAGUGCAUCUCAAGUCAUUCAGUGUUAGCGUAUUUUUGGAGCAUUAUAAUCUUGUCAACAUGGAUGAACUGGACCAAAAUCAGAUACAAAUGCUAAAAAAAGCUUUUGAUACUUUUGAUCGUGAAAAGAAGGGUGUUAUUGGAACGGACAUGAUUGGAACUAUAUUGGAAAUGUUGGGCCAAGAAAUUGAUGAUACAACAUUAUCAGAAAUUAUUAAAGAAUACGAUCAAAAUGAUACCGGCACGCUUGAGUUCAAAGAGUUCUGCUCAUUAGCAUCGAGGUUUAUGACAGAAGAAUUAGACGCUGAAGCUAUGCUUGCUGAACUUAGGGAAGCAUUCCGGUUAUAUGACAGAGAAGGAAACGGCUAUAUCACAACGGACGUGCUCAAAGAGAUCUUCAAAGAAUUAGACAAUACCUUAUCGAAUGAAGAACUGGAGGCUAUGAUUACAGAGAUAGACGCUGACGGCUCUGGGACCGUUGACUUUGAUGAAUUCCUGGAAGUAAUGACUGGAGAGUAAAACAUCAAAGCAAAUUUUUUUUUUACCACUUAUAGAAAAAUUAUGAUAAUUUAUUAUUUUGUAAAUAUACUACCCAAUUUACUUAGGGGUAAUAGUUUACUUAUAGGAUGUAUUUAAUUUUUGUUUUAAUGAUUCUAAGUAUUGUGUUCUGUUAAAAGAACAUUAUUACAAAUAAUAACAACUUAUUUGUACCUACUGAGACUGUAUUUAUUGUUCAGUAUUAUAAUAAAAACGUUAUUGUUAUA